AUGGCGGAGCGGCGUCGGGCGUGGCAGCAGGAGGACGACCUGCCGGUGUACCUGGCGCGGCCCGGCACGACGGCGCAGACGCCGCGGCAGAAGUACGGCGGGCUGUUCGCGGCGGUGGAGGGCGCCUACGAGAACAAGACCAUCGACUUCGACGCCUACAGCGUGGGCCGGAAGGGCGGCCGCACGCCGCGCAGCGCCAGCCGACACGACCUGCUCCUGCCCGACGGCGCGCCCGCAGACGCCUGCAGCAGCAGCGGGACGGCCAGCGACGCCAGCGAGCUCUCCGGCUCCGGCCUCAGCUCGCCCGGCGCGGACAGGGACCCGCCGCCGCCCGCCCUCCGCGUCCGCCAGCCCCUCGCCAAGGACCGCCUCUGGCUGCCCGACGGUGGGCAGAGUGAUCGGCUACUCAUUAAAGGUGGACGGAUUAUCAAUGAUGACCACUCAUUCUAUGCAGACGUGUACCUCGAAGAUGGACUUAUAAAGCAAAUAGGCGAGAAUUUGAUUGUUCCAGGGGGAGUGAAGACCAUCGAGGCCAAUGGACGAAUGGUUAUUCCAGGAGGCAUUGAUGUCAAUACUUACCUCCAGAAGCCCUGCCAAGGCAUGACUGCUGUGGAUGACUUCUACCAAGGCACAAAGGCCGCGCUGGCAGGAGGAACCACCAUGAUCAUUGACCACGUCCUUCCGGAACCCGGCUCCAGUUUAUUAACCUCAUUUGAAAAAUGGCACGAGGCAGCAGACACCAAAUCGUGUUGUGAUUAUUCUCUCCACGUGGAUAUCACCAACUGGUAUGAUGGGAUUCGGGAAGAACUGGACAUCCUGGUGCAAGAUAAAGGUGUUAAUUCCUUUCAAGUCUACAUGGCCUACAAAGAUCUCUACCAAAUGACUGACAGCCAGCUCUAUGAAGCCUUUGCUUUUCUGAAAAGUCUCGGAGCUGUAAUCAUGGUCCAUGCUGAAAAUGGGGAUUUGAUAGCUCAGGAACAGAAGCGGAUGCUUGAGCUGGGGAUCACCGGCCCAGAGGGGCAUGCCUUGAGCAGGCCUGAGGAGCUGGAAGCAGAAGCGGUUUUCCGGGCCAUCACUAUUGCCAGUCGGAUCAACUGUCCAUUGUACGUCACUAAGGUCAUGAGCAAGAGCGCGGCUGACAUCAUUUCCUUGGCUAGAAAGAAAGGUGCUCUAGUUUUCGGGGAGCCAAUCACGGCCAGUCUGGGGACUGACGGGACACACUAUUGGAGUAAAAACUGGGCCAAGGCAGCCGCAUUCGUGACCUCGCCUCCUCUGAGUCUGGAUCCCACGACCCCUGAUCAUUUGACAUCCCUUCUUGCUUGCGGUGACCUGCAGGUGACGGGCAGCGGCCACUGUACAUACAGCACUGCCCAGAAGGCAGUCGGGAAGAACAACUUCACACUGAUCCCGGAAGGCGUUAAUGGGAUCGAGGAAAGGAUGACGGUGGUCUGGGAUAAGUGUGUGUCCACAGGUAAAAUGGAUGAAAACCAGUUUGUUGCAGUUACCAGCACCAGCGCAGCCAAGAUAUUUAAUCUGUAUCCACGAAAGGGCAGGAUUGCCGUGGGCUCUGAUGCGGACAUCGUAAUCUGGGACCCAGAGAAGGGGAAGACCAUCACGGCCAAAAGCCACAAGUCGGCUGUUGAAUAUAAUAUCUUUGAAGGCAUGGAAUGCCACGGGGCCCCCCUCAUAGUGAUUAGCCAAGGGAAGAUUGUAUUCGAAGACGGAAAUAUCCAUGUAAAUAAAGGAAUGGGCCGUUUCAUUCCCCGGAAGCCUCUCCCUGAGUACCUUUAUCAGCGCAUCAAAAUUAGGAGUAAGGUAACAGGAUUUCAAGGAGUAUCCAGAGGAAUGUAUGACGGGCCAGUCUACGAAGUCCCAGCAACUCCAAAGUAUGCAACUCCCGCACCUUCCACUAAAUCGUCUCCUGCCAAAAACCAGCCUCCGCCAAUCAGGAACCUCCACCAGUCUAAUUUUAGCUUAUCAGGGGCUCAGGUAGACGACAACAACCCCCGUCGCACUGGGCAUCGCAUUGUGGCUCCCCCUGGUGGCCGCUCCAAUAUUACCAGUCUUGGGUGAGCUUCGGUGGAAAAGCCAGAAGGAAGGCGGGUGGAAAUAAUCCGAUUUCCGUUCUAUGUCCUUGUUGUUGAACCCACAGUUUUAUUCGGUACUAAUGAAGAAAAAGAAAAGAGAAUUGUCUUUUCCCCCCUU